UAGGAUAAGUUCUACUGUCGUGGACUUCAAUAAAGCGUUUAAAUUAUUCCAAAAGGAACACCGUGGACAAACCCUAUAAAUAUGUAUUCUCGUACUAUGCUGCAGCCGUCAUGCUUUUGCAGAUUACCUACAUCUGAUUGCUCGUAGGUGGUGUUUAUAUUUGAUCUUUUUGGGUUUUCCUGUGGGUACGUUCAUGGUAUUGGAGUUUUGAGUCUUAAAGUUUUUGCAGGGCUUGCGGUCAUAUUUUUGUUGAAAUUUCUGGGAGUUUGGUGUCAAGUUAGGUAUAGAUAGGCUGUGGGUUUUUUUGGAUCCAGUGAAAACUUUUGUUUUUAAAGGUACUCUGAAAUUUGGAUAGGCCAGGGUGUUUGUUAGUUACAGGAGUUCUGUGAGUUUAAUUCAAUUAAAAGAUGGCAGUUGUCACAAGAUUGGGGAGCACUUGUGCUACACCUUAUGAGCGGUCUCUGCAUUUUCCUUCACAAAUUGUAGGAUGGCAGAUUGAUUCGGUUCGUGUGUCUUCCUGUUUGUCGACUGAUUGUAAACCCCACUUGCUGGCUGUACAUAGUGCUGUGAAUAAUUUGGGCUUGCGAUUAAGGGGCCCUGUUUUAACGAAGAUGCCCUUUCAGAGGCAGGGGAUUGUUGCCGUGCUGGCCAGUCAUGUAGACCAUGCUGUAGAAAUUGCCCAAGAUGUUGGAAAGUCUGGAAGCCCUGUGAAGAAGCACUUGCCCUUCUAUGUAAUGCUUCCUGUAGAUACUGUAUCAGUUCACAAUACCUUGAACCAUUGCAAGGCAAUUCAAGCAGGCUUACUUACCUUAAAAACUCUUGGUGUUGAUGGAGUGGUUAUGCAAGUAUGGUGGGGCGUUGUGGAGGGAGAAGCUCCGACAAAAUAUGAUUGGGCAGCAUAUUUAACUUUGGUCAAAUUGAUCCAAGCAGCAGGCCUGAAAGUUCAAGCUUCAAUGUGUUUUCAUGGUUGUAAAUACAGUAAACAGAAACCUGCUAUAGCUCUUCCAUCAUGGGUUCUUAAAGUGGGUGACAGUGACCCAAACAUCUUUUUCACAGAUCAUUCUGGAAACCGCUACAAAGAUUGCCUGUCUCUUGCUAUUGACGAUCUUCCACUAUUCGAAGGUCGUUCACCACUUAAGAUGGCAUCUGAUAUGCUCGAGAGCUUCAGAGCGACAUUUUCAGAAUACAUCGGGAAUACUAUAGUGGAAAUAUGUGUGGGUCUUGGUCCUGAUGGUGAACUGAAGUAUCCUUCCUUCCCACCGGACUUGUGGAAAUUCCCUGGAGUAGGAGAAUUUCAGUGCUAUGAUAAGCAUAUGCUAGCCAACCUGAAGCAGCAUUCUGAGGAAAUGGGUCAUCCUUUAUGGGGUCUGGGAGGCCCUCAUAAUACCCCUUCAUAUUGCCAAUGGCCUCAAGAGGGAGAUUUCUUCUCAGAUAAUGGUGGAUCAUGGAAUUCUCCAUAUGGAGACUUUUUUCUUUCAUGGUAUACUUCACAACUGCUUAAUCAUGGAGAUCGCAUGCUCUUCCUAGCUGCAAGUAUUUUUAGGGAUGACAAUGUAAUCAUAGCUGGAAAGCUUCCAGCAAUUCACUGGUGGUACAAGACAAAAUCUCAUGCAGCAGAACUUACCUCUGGAUUCUACAAUGUAGAGGGUGGAGAUGGGUAUGAAGCUUUUGUUGAGAUAUUUGCCAAAAAUGCAUCCCUAAUUAUUUUACCAAAGAUGGAUGUCUCAGAUCUUGAAAACCCCAUUGAAGCAAGAUGUAGCCCAGAGUCACUUUUUCUUCAAAUUCGAAGGGCUAGUCAUAAAUAUGGAGUUCCAGUUGCAGGUGAGAAUUCCUAUCCUUGCUAUGACAGUGCUGCUUACAAAAAGGUUUUCAACAAUGUUCAUAGCCAAACUUCACCAGAUCUACCUGCUUUGACAUCUUUUACCUUUUCAAGAAUGGGUGCAUCUCUAUUCUCUCCAGAGAACUGGCGUCUGUUUGUUAACUUCUUUAGGAACAUUGAUCAGUCUGCAUCAGUGGUUGAUGAAAAAGAUCUUCCUUUGGAAAAUCAGGAAGCAGCAUCUUGCAGUUUCUCUAAUAUGGGGCAGCUUGUUCAAGUAUAACCAUUAUUGACAGAGAGCUGAAAUAGUCUAUUAUUUUCUCUUCUCUGAAUUUGUAAGAUUAAUUCAAAGAAGUCGGUAUGGAAUAUGUAUGUUUUCGACCAGCCUUUAUUGUAAUGAACACUUAUUAUUUCCUUCUCA